UACCUUAGAUUUUACAAUAAUAACAUAUCCAAAUGGAAGACGAAGCAUCAGUUUCAGGGGACUGGCUGAUGAUACUUCUUCUUCUCUUGUUUCUUUUUCUUGCUAAAUUCAUACUUGAAAGAAAUAAUAAGAACAACAAAAAUCUACCACCAAGUCCAACUUCUCUACCAAUCAUAGGUCACCUUCAUCUCAUAAAUCAACCCUUACACCGAAGCCUACACAACCUAACAAAGAAAUAUGGCCACAUCCUAUUCCUCAAACUUGGCACACGCAACGUUCUUGUCGUCUCUUCACCUUCCGCCAUUGAAGAAUGCUUCACAAACAAUGAUAUCAUUUUUGCAAACCGUCCCCAAACACUUGCUGGGAAGCAUCUCAACUACAAUUGUAAGACAAUGGCGUUUGUUCCCUAUGGCGACCAUUGGCGCAGCCUCCGCCGUCUAACAUCUCUUGAGCUCUUCACCGCCAACCGUCUUGCCAUGCUUGCUAGAGUCCGAGAGGACGAGGUUCAGUUGUUGCUGAAACAACUUUUUCAAGAUUGCAAAGCUCAAAACUUAAAGGUAUAAGUUUAGACCUAAAAUUUUAAGUAUGAAUUGUAAAAAUAUUUGA